CACACUGUUUCAUUGUUUUUGUCAAAAUGCCGGGAAAAAGAGCCAGGCGAAAGUUAACCAAAAAGAAGCAGCGACAGCGGCGCCGUCAAAAAGCAGCCAAGGAACGAGAUAAACAAGAGGAAGAAGCCGAGAACCUGAGACUCGCCGAUCCGGAGUACCAGAAAUGCCUGAUACGCCAGGAGAAACUGGAGGAAUUCCAGCGUCAAGCAGAGGAGAGAGAGCAACAGGAGGCGGAGAGAGCCUGGCUGCACCGCGAGGCCAUCGCCCAGCAGCAAUUCCGCAUCGAUGAGGCCAGGCGACGGCAGAAACAAGAGGAAGUGGAGCGCCUGCAGCAGGAGCAGGCCAGAGAGCGGUUGAAACGCGAGGAAUCCUUGAGGAAGCAGCGCGAGGAGCACCUGCAAAGGACGGCCAAGGCUGCAGCCGAAUUUGAGGCCAUGAUGCAGAGCAUGGAAGAGUAUCUCAACGAUCCUAGCAUAGAGCAGCCCCCUCAGCAUCUCCUCCGCGUGAUGGAAACCCAUCCCGAUGAGCGGCCCUGCGAGUUUUACAGUCGCACCAAUUGCUGCCGCUAUGGCCAUAGCUGCACCUUCAAUCACCGCCGUCCCAUGCUGUCCCGUAUCCUACUCAUCCGUCACUUCUUUAGUCACUCGCUGCUGCAAGGGCAACGCACCAAGCGCAAUGAGUACUCCGGGGCAGACGAAGAGCUGGAGUUGACGGAGCAGGAUAUGCGGCAUGACUACGAUGAGUUCUUUGCCGAUGCCGUCGAGGAGCUGCAGAAGUUUGGAACCAUUGUGAACUUUCGAACAGUGCGAAAUACUUUGGAACACCUGAGGGGUCAUGUCUUUGUGGAAUACACUGAUGAACGAUCCGCUCUUCGCGCCUUUACCAAUCUCCAGGGUCGCUACUAUGCCUGCAAGCGCCUCAAUGUGGAGUUCUCCAACCUGAAGACCUGGCGUGGCGCAGUUUGCGGUUUGUCCUUAACACGUAUAUGUCCCAAAGGUAACCAGUGCGGCUAUUUGCAUUUAUUUCGGAACAAGGACAACCUGUUUAAUACGGAACUGGAGUACACAACAGGUCCGAAAAGUAAAAGGAACUCGAGUCAGACUCCUAAAGCCAAAACGCCCAGUUGGGAUGAUCCUUUAGAGCAUGGCAGAAACUGGCGAUGGUCUGAAAGUCCUGAACCGCAGCAGGAUAACUCCAAGGAGUACAAGACUCGCAGAGGUUUAGAUGAUACUUCGAAGCACCAAACCAGGUCCAGAAGUGAUAGAGACUCCAAACGAUCUAACUCCAAGAGAGAUCGUAGCUCCUCGGAUUCACACAGAAGAGAGCAUCACAGAUCUAAUGGUCAUAAACAUUCCAGGAGCCACUCCCAGUCCCUGGAUCAUCGUUAAUAAAAGCCAAAGUCAUUAAUUUAA